CUACAUUAUUCAUUUGCCCAAAGAUUUGCCGAAGAAAUGUACAGCUUUACCUACAAUAGAAAAUAGCUUUGACUUGUAACUUUUAUGUAUUGUGGAAUUUAAAUCGUAUCUGCUUAUGAAAGAAAGAGAAGACCUGGAUUAUAAAUUCUCAGGAAACGUCCUUGCAAUGGGAGCAAAUGAGUACGAUUGAGGAUGUAAAUCCGUGGCAGUUGUUAGCAACAGGAGCAGCAUCCUUCCACACUGGAAUCACUCUUUGAAAGAAGGAAAUAAAAGGCGGAAUAUUUGAUCACCAGCAAGAACUACCAUCCACACGGAACAUAAUGCCAGGCUUAUUAAAUCAAUCCACAUGGGCACCUCUCCCUUUGAAAGCUUCCUGCAUCAAAGCCUGCAUUAAUGGUUACUCACUCAGGGUAUCUGCAAGACUCACCUACACCAACCCAGAAGCGGAACCAAUUGAAGGGGUGUUUGUUUACCUGCUGGAGGAAUCCGAAACAGUGGUCGCCUUUGAAGCUUUGACAGCAGGAAAAUCUGUAACGAUUCAGAUAAAGAAUCGGGGUAGAGCAGAAGAUUGCUGUUUUGACUGUUGCAGCCAUGUAAACCUAGCUCUACAGUGUAACAAUGGUCAUCUGAUAUUGGAUGAAGAUAUGCAGAGAACAACCUUCAUCGUUAGCACUGGGAUGAUUGGCUCUCUGGAAACCAUGACAAUAUUUCUCAGUACCACAGUGGAACCUCAGACACAACAAAAUGGCACAAUGGAAGUGGUAUUCUCUUCUGUGUUAAUGCCUCUGGUGUGCAGCAAUGAGGGGAAGAUUGAGUCUGCAAAAAGUGAUGAACAAGAUUUUAGCUCAACUGGUUGUUUUGGAGCAGGAGGGUUGAAAGCAGAAAAGUCCUCGACUGGUGGACACCGCAGUUUACCAGAGAUCGUAACUGAACAAGUAUUAAACCCAGUACCAUAUGAAUUUAGCUUUGAGAUGUUGGUGCGAGGUCCCUGUCUCCUAGCAGGUGUGGAGAGUCCCACACAUGCACUGAGGGCUGGUGCAGAUCCUAUUGCCAGGUCAGCUUCAACACUGUAUGUCACGUUGGCAGAGAAACACCAGUACGAUAGAAACCUCAAAAUUAUUCUACAUCCAUGUGAGCCUCAUGUUCCACACAUUUUGCUGGAGAAAGGUAGCAUGAGUUUUGAGGAGUAUGAAUGGCAUAUUAAAAGUAGACGGGACUUCAGCAGAGUCAUAAAGAAAGACUCUAACACAGAUAAAAAGGUUGAUUUUGUGCGGAAGCGCUUUCAUAAAGACAUCACAUUCAAUCCUGUGCUGAUGCUGAACUUCUGCCCGGACCUUCAAAGCGUCCCAAUGGAUUUUGGAAACGUGACCAGAGAAAUCAUCUUCCUUAUCGACAGAAGUGGCAGCAUGAGUGGCAUUAAUAUAGAGAAAAUAAAAGAAGCCAUGGUAGUUGUCAUUAAAAGUUUACCACCUGGAACAUUACUGAACAUCAUUGGCUUUGGCUCAAAUGUGCGGACUCUCUUCUCUUCCAGCCGACCGUGUAAUGAUGAGACUUUAUGUUUGGCCUGUGAAUAUAUUCAGAGGAUGAGGGCUGACAUGGGUGGCACUAACGUUCUUGGCGCAUUAUCCUGGAUUUUCAAGCAGCCAAUGCGUCGAGGCUACCCAAGACAGCUCUUUAUUUUGACGGAUGCCACAGUCAGACAUGCUGGGAAGAUUAUCGAGCUGGUGCGAAAAAAUGCCAAUUCUGCAAGAUGUUUCAGUUAUGGGCUGGGACCUAAUGCCUGCAAACGGUUGUUGCAUGGUGUUGCAAAGGCUACGGGCGGAACUGUUGAAUUUUUCAAUGAAGGUGAACGACUACAACCAAAAUUAAUGAAAUCAUUAAAGAAAGCUAUUGAGCCUGCUCUGAGUGACAUUACCAUUGAAUGGUAUCUCCCAGAUACUUUAGAAGUUCUCCUUUCUCCAAGUGAAAUUGGACCUUUGUAUCCAGGGGACCAUCUGAAUGGCUAUGGUGUCAUUUAUGAUCUUUCUGGAUUUCAGAGGAAGAAGAAUGUGGUGAAGCAGCACACCUCUAAAACAGCUCUAAAAGGGUCAACCAAUUCAAUUUUUCAGGCUCAAGAUGAGUCUUCUACAUCAAUCUUGACUGAUGGAAUCAAACCGUCUUUCCCGGUUGAAAAGAAUGACAUUGAGCAAGCCUUAAAGGACAUUUCUCGUGAGAUUUCAAUAGAGUUUUCAGGUUCUAAUGCUGAGGAGAAUGAAAAAUGUAAGGACUCAGAGACUGAUCCACUUAAUGAUUUACGGAGGCGUAUAUCCCAUUCCUCAUACAUCCAGGAGCAAUACAAACUGACACACUGUUCCAUCUGCAGUGAUAAAGGAAUUGGGGUGCAAAGUACACCUACCCGUGGCUCAAAUAGCAGUGACUCUACAGAGCCUCAGGAUAUUGACAGGGGAACAACAUCCCUCCCGUAUGGUUUGGAAAACAUUGCACAUCACGGACAGAAAGGUUUGCUGCACUGGGAAUCACCAAUAAAAGCAGCAUCUAAUUUUGAAUUAGUUGAUGAUAAAGACGCAGUAGGCAUUGACCAUUCUUCAGAUGAAGCAAGAAGGAAAAGAAAACUGAUAGCACAAGCAGCCUUGUCUGGCCGGAGUUUCUCUUCACCAAAUGGUCAGCUGGAUAUGUGUCAUCUACGCAAGGCCUUGGAGAAGGUUUCCACAGACCAAAUUGUAAAUUGGUCAGUCGGGGGAAGAAUGAAUGACAUUGGUUGUGAAUCCCAACAAUUUCAAGCUGAUGGUUUCUCCAUGCGGAACCUCAAUGAUUCCAACAACCUGCUGUUUCAAAUGCCCACUCCCGACUGGGACACUUUCUUUGAUCCUGAGAAUCUUUUUUCCCCAGUGGCCUCGGAGGAUCCGGGUUUAAGUGAAGUGAAUGAUGUGCCCAUAAUGCAGUGUAAAUCAGUGAUUCAUGGCUUGAUCUGUGGGAAGUCAGUCACCUGGGAGGUAACAGCUAACCUUUCCUCCCUCUACCAUGCACCGUCAGAACAGGAAUCAACACAACUUACUGAAAAUCCAUGGGAUGAGAUCCUCCAUCAGCUGACUGCACAAUCAGUUAUCAGAGACUUUGAAAAUAUGGCUGAGAAAGAGAGUGAAAUUGAAUAUGGAUCAUCUCGAAGAUACCGCCUGAAAACCAUUCAGACAAGCAGAGCAUGUAAUAGCCUGUCCAAGUACACAACCAUCAUCCCGAUAAAUGCUGUCACACAGAAAUCUUUACCAUCGUAUGUUGAAGUGAGAAACGCAGGAAGUAAAUUCAACCAAACUCGAGGCUUUUGCUCAGGAACCAAGCGGCAGAGAAGUUAUUCUGUUGGAUUGGGCCGAAGGCACUCAAGCCAAGAUUCUGAGGACUUGGAUGAUUUGCUCAUAUCAACAGAUAUUAAUUUACGAAGACUGCUGUACUUUUCAGAAAAAGAGGAAAUUCCAGCUUCACCAACCAGCAUGGGCUCUUCCUCAUCCUCCGGCUGGGAAAGACAAAGUGUCUUAGACGACACAGCUAAUCCCCACUGUGAGGAGGUCAUCAUGAAAAUACUUGACUGGGAGGCUGAAGUGUUUGGAGAGAACAAUGAUCCUGAAUGCCCAUAUGCCCUGAUAGAGGAAUCAAGUAUCUGUGCACUGCAAGGUUUAUCUCAACUCUCUGAGCCUCCCAUGACAAUUGAACCAGACAUCAGCCCGGUUAUAGAUUCUUCAAAGAAUUUUAAUGAGUUUAAGAGGGAGGCACAGUGUAAUGCACAAAGUCCAUCAACAGUCUUGGUACGAUCACAAAAAUCAUUUGAAAGUUUCUUUGGAUCCAGAUUUAACCUGGGAAGAUCCAGAAGCCCUAGUCAGACGGGGAAAUACAUACCAAUAAAACCCAACUGUUUGUCUGCCAAACUGGAUACCACUCCUGAAAAAGUGAUUAGUGAUUAUCUGCCACUGGUGCAAUUACAAUUGGCAUCUGGAGCAUUUCUUCUUAAUGAAGCCUUUUCUGAAGCUGUUCAGAUUCCCCUGGAUCGACUGAGAAGAGCUUCACCAUUUCCAUGUCACCGAGCAAGUCUCAGCCCAACUUCACGAUGUACAUCAUCACAUACAUCGAGUAGCAAAACUGAAACUUCCCUCAAAAUGGAGACCUCUAUCCACAGUCAAAAUGAGACUGAAUCUAAUGCUCGUAAGAACUUUCAGUUAGUGUCUGAAAAUGAUCAAGGAAGUAAUGAAAGAAAUAGAGAAAUUUCAAAGAAAAUUACAUGGUCACAUCUUGAAGGUGUUUUGGAUGUUACUAAUUCUCCAGCAAGCCUUGACAAUUCAUUCAGUGCUAGUACUGAAGGUCUGAGCACCAGCCUUCAGCAAGAUGACAGUGGCAGGGGCUCUGAAACAGAUCCAUAUGAAAACUCACCUGUCACUUCAGAAACCAGUGGUGCCUUUUACGAGUCGGUAAGUGAUCUGAAUACGCAGUGCUAUGAUGUGGAAGGGAUGAGCUGGGCAACUGCUGUGGCACUGGGAUGGCUCGAACAUCAGUGUGCCGGUUACUUUCUGGAAUGGGAGCUCAUUGCUGCCAAGGCAGACACAUGGUUGCACUCACAGCAGCUUCCUGAACAUCAAACUGUCAAUGGUUUGAAGGGAGCAACUCGACAACUUUUCCUCCUGCUUCGUCACUGGGAUGAGAAUAUUAAGCUUAAUAUGUUGUGUUAUAACCCCAAUAAUAUGUAAAUAUACAUCUUCAAUGAAAAUGUGUACUUUAUAAAAAAUUUAAAUUGUAGCACAGAAAAUGUGUACUUUAUAAAAAAUUUAAAUUGUAGCACAGAAAUUUAAAUUAUAAUGCCUGACUUGAAAAGCAAAUACAUAAAAACAACUGUUGUGACUUUGGAUGAAUUAUUGCUUUCUGCUAUUUAAGUGAUCAUUGUGACUGUAGCAUUCUAUUAAUUAAAAAAAAUGUGGUGCAGAUUUCAAAAUAAAUACUUCCUUUCUACCAUACAUAUGAAAAAGAUUCUGAUACUGAUUGUUGAAUUAUAAAUAUCAUAACAGGCCUUGAUUUAUAUAAUAUUCUUGAAAUAAAUGACA